AUGGUGGCUGGGCCUUCCCCACGGGGUCCGGCCAGGCUAAGCCCGAAAAAACAACGUGGGCCCACCCUCCAGUUGGCCCAUUACCCGCAGGAGGAAUCAGAAGGGGCCGAUGCGUCGGGAUUUGUGUGGCAGUCGUGGGCCCCGGCAGCCCAAUCCCUGGACUCCGAAUCUGGCAAUGGGGACAUGCUGAUAGCUGGGUACCGGCAGGCCAUGCGUGCUGCGGCCCGGGCAGUUGUGGAGGCAAAAACUCAGGUAGCAGGGGCUGGGGACGAAGAGGUUGGCUCAUCCAUCACUCAGGGUGAAGUCACCGAGGUAGGUUGGAAGCUCCUCGGGGGCAAGGCACUAGGGGUGGGUGAGAUCCGCCCUGAGUUCCUCAAAGACAAUAAAACCCUGGAUCUUCUCUAUGCCAACGCCAUUGACGCAUAUGAUGCCACUGCCCUCCCCCCCCUUGGCAGGUCAGACCACAACCUGGUCAGGAUGACUCCAAGGAGGACAAGCACACCUUCCACAGUAUGUGUUUUAUUGUAUGUUUUCCUCGGCUCAUUGUCUGCUGUCACAAUAUGUGGAAACCUUCUUGUAAUAAUCUCCAUCAUUUACUUCAAACAGCUCCACACUCCUACAAACUCUCUCAUCCUUUCCUUGGCAGUAGCUGACCUGCUUGUUGGGCUUGUAGUUUUUCCUUUCAACAUGGAAUUCUCUGUCAGUUCAUGUGUGUUUUCUGAAAAUGUAUUUUGCAAAAUAGGAGAGAACUUUGACAUAACACUGUGCACAGCUUCCAUUUUGAAUUUGUGUUGCAUUUCUAUUGACAGAUAUUAUGCAGUGUGUCACCCUCUGACAUAUAGAACGAAGAUAAAUGUUCAUGUUGUUGUUGUUAUGAUCGUGGUGAGCUGGAGUGUUUCAGUUGUAGUUGCUAUUAGUUUUGUAACGGCAGGAUUAGACCAAGAUAAAUGUCAAGAAAAGUGUUUCACUGAUGUUCAACUUGCAAACAUUUUGGGAUUUCUUUGUUCAUUUUACCUCCCAGUGAUUUUAAUGCUCUGUAUCUACCUGAAGAUUUUCCUUGUUGCACAGAGACAGGUACGCAGCAUCCAGGGAACAAAGUCUGGAGCCACUGCCAGUAAGAUGGAGAGAAAAGCCACUAAAACUCUGGCAACUGUUAUGGGAGUGUUUCUGAUGUGUUGGUCUCCU